CUCUCUCUCUCUCUCUCUCUCUCAACUCUCAACUCUGCAGCCACACCAUACCAGUGAUAAUUUAUUACCAAAAUCAUCAUUUCUUCAGUAUCUACAAGCCCCUUUUUUUCUGUAAAGAAAAAGGAAAGAAUACCACUCUGUUUUUAUUGCGAAGCUCUCUUCAUAGUACACACUUCCUCUUCUUCUUGAGAGUUUGGGUUUUGGGCAGAGAAUGAAGAGGGGAGGGAGGAUUUUUCAUGGCAUUGGCUUUUUAAUUCUGGAGUACUUCAUAGUCUGUACCUUAGCAGCAGCAGCAGCAGCGCGAGUCCACCAGAAAGCAGAAUCCAUUAUCCCAAUCCCCACCAACUCCCCACCGGAGGGCAACACGACGUUCAUCGACGGAAGCACUUGGUGUGUGGCCCUCCCUGGAGCGUCCCAGGUCGACCUCCAGAAUGCCCUCGACUGGGUAUGCGGCCUCGGCGCUGCAGAUUGCUCCUCCCUGCAGCCCGGGGGGCCGUGCCAUCAGCCAGAUACGCUGCUGUCUCAUGCAUCGUAUGCGUUCAAUAGUUAUUACCAGGAGAAUGGGAAUUCUGAUGUUGCUUGUAACUUUGGGGGGACUGCAACCAUCACCAAGAGGAAUCCAAGUUAUGCAUCGUGCAUGUAUCUGUCUUCUCAGCGAUCAUCUGCAUAUUCACUGCAGCAUAGAAGCCAGAUGCUCAAGAUUCUGGCAAUUUUUCUUCUCCUAUACUUGGCUACUCUUUAAAGAUGCUAUCAAGAAAUUCUGGAAGAAUUUUAUUGACCAUUUUGUCUGCUCCCAUGAUUUUAUCUGGUUGAUGAAGGAGAGAAUCAUUGAGACUUGCCCUAAAAUCUCUUUGUUAUCUCCUUUCAGAUGCAAUAUGUGUACCCUGUAGGAAGAAAAAAUUAAACAGUAAAUGAUAGGUUGAUAAGUAUUGUAAAAGAAAAGCUCUUGCAAUGUCCAUAUACACCUGUAAUUGAUUUCAUUUUGAUUUGCUUAUGAUCAUUUCAAGAGUUAUUUAAAAGGAAUUAUAGAUUUCAAGAAGUAUUCAUGAACGUAUCAAUAUUUGAA